CGAUUGUAUAAAUAUAAGAAUCAAUAAAGUCUAAGAGAAUGGGUGAUCUUUCACCAGGAUCGUAAAAUGCCGCGAGAAGCACGCCUGAAAGCCCUUUAUGGCCCUCGGAAGCCAGACUACCGGCAGCUGAAGAGAGAAGGGCUCAGUCAGACGUUUCCAGUCAUUGCACCCUUCCUCAUCACUAACGUCAAGAGGUUGUCUCCCUUCCUAGAGACCGGCGACGCGCUCGAAACAGGCACAGAUGCCGAGUCGCUAUGUGCCGUUCUCAUCCAGUGGCACAAACGGCAUGGACCAAAAACCAGAGCUGAGGACUUGCUGAAGGUUAUCUUGGAGGCUGGUCUCAAGAUUGAGGCAGAGAAAACAACUACCGCACUAAACGAGGAGGCCGAAAAUGUAUUGCAGCGUCUGCUCACUGCCUGCAAGAACAAUGACCUCCUACAAGUCACUCACAACGUGGAAUGUGGGGCGGACGUCAACGGCUCUGACGUCACGGACCUCGGGUUGGCGCCAUUGCAUGUCGCCUGCCAGUAUGGUGCGCUAGAAUCUGUGCAAGUACUCCUAGACCACAGGGCAGAGCCAAAGAUUAAGACCUUGGAGAACCGCACACCUCUUCAUAUCACGUGCGAGAAAGGUAACGCAAACAUUGUCAAAUGUUUGGUGAAUUUGAUUUCCGAUUUGAGUCCCCGUGAUAACCAGGGUUUGACUCCGCUUCAUCUUGCGUGCGUUAAUGGACAUCCGCAUUGCGUGAGGAUCCUCCUCCUCUACGGGGCGAAUGAAUUCAUCGAAACACAAGAUGGACAGUCGCCUCUGUUUCUGGCCGCUCGGGGCGGACACCCAGGAGUCAUCUCGGAGUUAUUGCAACACAAGGCAAGUUUGAUCAACACAAGAGCAGCUGACGGAUCGAACGCUCUCUUUGUUGCAAGCGAACUCGGGAAAGCGGAAGUUGUAGAGACAUUGCUUAAGUUCAACCCAGACACCGAGAUUCCGUCCUUGAACGACCAUGUCACGUCUUUGAUAAUUGCGUCGAAAAAUGGACACCGGGGGGUUGUGCAACUGUUGCUGAGAGCGGGGGCGAAUGUAAACGCUCAGACACUUUCACACGAGGUGACUGCUCUAAACUUGGCAUGCCAGGAAGGACACACUGAAAUAGUCGAACUUCUCCUCGAGAAUUGUGCGGUUCUGGAGACCCGAAGCGUGCGUAAAGGCACACCACUCCAUGGAGCAUGCGACAAAGGACAUCUCCAGGCUGUGAAAGUGCUAUUGGACAGGGGAGCAAACAUCAACGCCAGAAUGGAAGACGGGGCGACAGGAGUAUUCCUGGCUGCGCAGAAUGGUCACAGGGAGAUUGUAGAAAUUCUUGUCUCUUUCGGCGCAGAUUUGUCACUCCCCAUGAUUCGAAUUGGUGAUGACACUAUCGACGCACUUCCUCUUCAUGUGGCGAGCCAGGAAGGCCAUACAGAUAUUGUAGCACUAAUAUUGGACCACGGCUGUGACAUCGAAAGCGAAAUGGCCAAUGGUGAUCGUCCACUUCACCUUGCUAUCAAGUUUGGUCAUCCAGAAAUGGUGGAGUUUUUGCUUGAGCGAGGAGCAAGGGUUGACGUCGUGACGGAAGAGGGUAUCCCACCACUCAUACUCGCCGUGGUUGUUCCACCAGCUGGGGCGGCUACAGAAAUAGUGAAAACCUGUCUCAAGUACAUAGCAGACGUCAAUACGCAAACGUUAAGAAAUGAUGAGACACCUCUCAUGGCUGCCUGCUCAGUCGGCAGAUUCGACAUCGUCAAACAACUUCUUGAACAUGGGGCAAUGGUGGAGGCGUCAACGGAGCACGACGGGACGCCUCUCCUCUGGGCCAGUAUCAAUGGUUACGUGGACAUUGUGGGGUACCUCCUAGAUUCUGGUGCCAGCAUUGAGGCCGCUCCGCAAACGGGGGAGACGCCGCUUUACGCAGCAGCUGACAAGGGAUUCCUGGAGCUUGCGAAGCUCUUGCUCCAGAGAGGAGCACGUCCCGACCAAGAUAUGUUUGACAACUCCACGCCUCUGUUCGUGGCGUCGCAGAACGGCCAUCAUCAUAUUGUUUCCUUGUUGUUGAAGCACGGGGCUAAGCCGGACACCAGAUUCAGACAAGAGCUGACGCCGCUGACUGCUGCUGCUAAGAACGGCCAUAAGAAAGUCGUGGAUUUGCUACUGCACAACAAGGUUGACGUAGACGCGAAAACCUCGUUGGGAGUGACGCCACUAAUGAUGGCUACUGGGAAGGGUCAUGCGGAGAUCGUGAAGACCCUCCUCCUCCAUGGGGCUGAGGUGAAUGUGAUGAGCAAGCAAGAUGGUGGAGUUACACCCCUGAUGCUUUCCAGUGAGAAUGGAUAUUCCACAGUAGCAGAACUUCUUCUUCAAGGCGGGGCUGAUCCAAAUCUCAGGAAUAAAUUUAAUGUGACACCAAUCUUCUUAGCAGCCCAGGCAGGGCAAGUUGAAAUGGUGGACAUGCUACUAACCUACCGAGCUGACCCAAACAUUAGCAUGACAAAAGAAGGCAACACUGUCACACCGCUUUCUGCUGCUUCAAAAGAGAGUCACCUAGGGGUCAUCGAAGUACUACUGCAAGGUCGCAACCACAACAUCGAGGUUGAUGCAACAGACAGCGAAGGUCUUACCCCCUUGAUGGCAGCCUGCAGCAACCAGAGACAGGAUAUUGUUGAAAUACUCCUAGCAAAUGGGGCAGACAUCAGCCUAGUGAACAAAGAUGGCUUCAGUCCGCUUCAUAUUGCAUGCCAGCAUGACAAUGUGGAUAUCAUCCAGAUGUUAUUGGCAGCUGGUGCAAAUCUAAAGCAGCAGACAACCCAGGGGACACCACUGGACAUCGCCAAGAAAAGCAAAGACAAGAAAGUCAUUGAUGCACUUAAGAAAGGCAAUGGGGAGGGAUGUCACAUUAUGUAACAUAGUGCAAAUGGAAAGCUGGCUUCACUGGUCUCUACUGUCAACAAUAUCUUACCUCUGCCUGUCCAUGGUUAUAA